CCGCGCGCCCUCCCCUCCACUCCACCACUCUCCUCCCACUCUGCUUUGAACGGAGCAACAGUAAACAAACAAACAAUCGGCGCAAGAAAAUCCUCCUCGAUCGGCGUUCCAACGCCGGCACUGGCGGCGCCGCCUCUCCCCGCCGUGCUCCCCCACCGCAUCCACUAGAGCACCACCACCACGCGCCCACUUGCCGAAUUUCUUUACCCGAUUCGAGUCGCGCGGCGCUCGUGCCCGCCGCGCCCGCGCGCUCCACUAGCCCGUCCAAACCGAAUCGAACCCUAGCCCGCCAGAUCCGGAGAUCCCACCCACCUCCGCGGCCGCAAUGGCCGGCGCGCUGCCCUGAUCCGAUCGAUCCCGGUCGCCGCUUCAGUGUGCUGCUGUUCCACCGCCCGGCCGGCCGAUGGACUCCGCCCGGGGCUGGCUCCAGAAGCUGCAGCGGGACAAGGACAAGGGCAAGCCGGGGAUGUCGGCGGAGGGUGGCGAGGGGGACGGGGAGGUCGUGUCCAGCGCCUCCAAGCAGAAGGCGGAGGCGGCCAAGCAGUGCAUCGAGAACCACUACCGGGAGCAGGCCAGAUCGAUGCAGGAGCGCAAGGAGAGGCGUAUGAUGCUGGAGAAGAAGCUUGCUGAUGCUGAUGUAUCUGUAGAGGAGCAAAAUAAUAUCCUGAAGGAUUUAGAAAAAAAAGAGACAGAAUACAUGCGCCUAAGGAGGCACAAAAUGGGCGUCGAUGAUUUUGAAUUGCUGACCAUUAUUGGGAGAGGUGCUUUUGGAGAGGUGAGACUUUGUAGAGAAAAGACUACAUCUAAUGUAUAUGCGAUGAAAAAGCUCAAGAAGUCUGAAAUGUUACGAAGAGGCCAGGUUGAGCAUGUGAGAGCUGAAAGGAACCUCCUUGCAGAGGUUGACAGUGCCUAUAUAGUUAAGCUCUAUUGCUCAUUCCAAGAUGACGAGUUUCUGUACCUCGUUAUGGAGUAUCUUCCUGGUGGUGACAUGAUGACUCUACUUAUGCGCAAGGAUACACUGACAGAGGAUGAAUCUUCGUUUUAUGUUGCGGAGACGAUACUAGCAAUUGAAUCCAUUCACAAGCAUAAUUAUAUUCAUAGGGAUAUCAAGCCUGACAAUUUAUUGUUAGAUCGAACUGGCCAUCUGAAGCUUUCAGAUUUUGGCCUAUGCAAGCCUCUAGAUAGUAGCAGCUUUCCAAAUUUUACUGAAUUCGACAAUGCAGCGGGAAAUAACACCAAUCCAUCAGCAGAUGGUGAUAAGCCAUUAAGUAGCCCUGCUGUUCCCAGGCGAACACAGCAGGAACAACUAUUACAUUGGCAAAAGAAUCGUCGGAUGCUGGCUUAUUCAACUGUCGGUACACCUGAUUACAUUGCUCCGGAGGUCCUAUUGAAGAAAGGAUAUGGAAUGGAAUGUGACUGGUGGUCACUUGGAGCCAUUAUGUAUGAGAUGCUUGUGGGUUAUCCACCAUUUUAUUCCGAAGAUCCCAUGUCAACAUGUAGGAAGAUAGUAAAUUGGAGAAGCCAUCUUAAAUUUCCUGAAGAGGCCAAACUUUCACCAGAAGCUAAAGAUCUAAUUAAUAAGCUAUUAUGUAAUGUGGAUCUGAGACUUGGGAUGAAAGGAGCACAUGAAAUAAAGGCUCAUCCAUGGUUUAAAAGCGUUGAAUGGGAAAAGCUAUAUCAGAUGGAAGCAGCUUUCAUACCUGAAGUUACUGAUGAGUUGGACACGCAGAACUUUGAGGAUUUUGAGGAGACUGCACCUCCCAUGCAAACUUCAUCAAAGGCAGGUCCUUGGAGAAAGAUGCUUUCCUCCAAGGACAUGAAUUUUGUCGGUUAUACUUACAAGAAUUUUGAAAUAGUGAAUGAUCCUGAACUUCCAGGGAUAGCUGAAUUAAAGAAAAAGAAUAACAAGCCAAAACGACCAACCAUCAAAUCAUUAUUUGAGUGUCCUGAAAGCGAUGACCAGCCUGAAGGCAGUUUCCCAGGCCAAUUGUCACCACAACUAGAGUUAUCCGAGAGCCCCUCACCUCAUUCCAGUAUCUCCUCCGAAGAUUCCCAAGCACAGCAUAGAUAGCAGGCAUAUAUUUUCUGGUACCUGUAUUCUGUAAACAAAAGCAGAAAAGCAACAACAAGGAUUUUGGUCCUUUACACAGAUGGAUGGCAGCCUACUCAAGUGGCUAUUUUGAAAGGGAAAUCUUAAAGAGUAUCUAAAAGGUCCACAUAAUUUGCUUUUGAACAGCCAUUGGAGGUGCUCCAGUAGCCAUUUUGUAUGUUGGAGCAUGCAUCCUGUACAUUGUAACCUCUUUUUAGACGAAUCUACAAUCCCGAGCAGGCUGAUUGACAUACAGAGAGGCUCUCCUGUAAAUUCAUGGAUCCUGUGCAAGGAUGAGAUUCGUUCGCCGUUGGAACAUGUCAUGGUAUGCUGCCAGUUUUUUUUCGCGCAGAAAUCUGCAUUUCCACAUUCCCGUCGUGAGAUUUGCGACAGCACAAAGAGGUUGCGAGGAACAAGAAAGUUUUACUAUCAAGGAUACUCUGUAAAAGAAUGCUCAGUUUGUCUCAUAUAUAGCUAAAUAUUGUUCUUUGGUCUGUCAUUUGUAGUAAUGUUUCCAUGUCAAUGUUCUCAGCCCAUGUUUAUGAUCUCAGUUUGUACUGAACACAUGUGAAUCCUGAAUAUGACGUUUCUCCUUCUGUA